GCUGUCCCGGGGAUGGGCGGCGCUGCCACUGGAGAUUGACAAGACCCUGUCUGCAAGGCAGCGACUGACCUUUCAUUGACUCGCUGCUUCUCUCUCUCCCCCUUUAACCCGGCGGCUCUGACCUCGCCCCGGCCAUGUGGAGGGGCCGGGGUCGGACACACUGAACGGCUUUGAGCAGAGCCAGCAGUUGUUAUCCUGGGCGUCGGCGCCACGCCUGCGGGGCUGGGACAAGUUGCACAGUAACAAGCUGUGUCUACCCGGGUGAGCUGGGACUGGAUGCACUGGACACCAGAAUUGCCCCAGGACAGAUCAUGGCACUGUGGCUAAUCCCACCCGGCCAGUAGUCUCUCUGGCUCAGCGAUGAGAUAGGUGCCUCUUCCGACUUACCGUCCCGAGUAUCUAUCUCUCAGAACGUCAGCUUGGCAUGGCGGUCACCAGGCUCUUUGACACCUCUGACGCGGUGGAACUCUUUGCCCCUCAGUGUCUAUUCCUGAAGCCCAUUGCAAGGCUGGCGAUCAGCGUGAUGCUCCCCGGGUCCACCGCCUCGCCCAAGCUCAUUUCAAACUGGGAGUUGAUGGAGACCCUGAAGAAAAUGGCCCACCCGGAGCAGAUCACGUCGCUCAAGGUCUCACGGCACACCAUGGAGUUUAUCCGCUUUGAGGCGGAGGUGGAGAAUAAGAACCUGGUGCGGACGGUGUGGGAGAGGUUCAAUAACAAAAUGAUCAGGGUGAAUGGGAUUAAUGCGAUGGGAAGAGUUCUGGCGGCUGUGAGUCAAGUCAACUUCCCAAGCCCGGCGGACUGGGAGACCUUUUUCAACCGCGCCAAGUCCAUGAAUGAGGCUGUGCCCGGUGAAAGGGCAGAUACCAUCCAUAUGGAAGGACUGCCCUGCAAGUGGUUUUCCCCAAAGCACCUUAACAAGGACAAGCCCGUGGAAGAGAUCCUACUGAGGGUGUUUGGACGAUUUGGGGGGAUCCGAAACAUUGACAUUCCCAUGUUGGAUCCCUACAGAGAGGAGAUGACUGGGAAGAAGUUCGCUACUUUUAGCGCUGGCGGGCUCCCCACCUUCGAGGCUUACGUCCAGUACCAGGAGCGUGCCGGAUUUGAGAGGGUGAUGGAGCGCUUGCGGGGAAUGAAGCUGGUGCACAGAGGGGAGGACGGGAAGGCUCUGGCGUGUAACAUAAAGGUGACCUUUGACACGACCAAGCAUCUGAGCGACGCGGCCAUUGAGAAGCGGCACCUGGAGAGGCUGAAGCUGCAGGAGCUGGAGAGGCAGCGGGGGGAGCAGAAGCGCAGGGACCAGGUGGAGGAGCAGUCAAAGGAGGCAGAAAGAAAACGCAAGGAUGAAGAGCGGGAGAGGAGACGGAAGGAGAAGCUGCGGAGGAGAGAGCACCGGCAGAAAGAGUGUGAAGAGAGACGUUACCUGCGUAAAGUGUGGAGGAUAAAAGUGGAGAGUGAAAAGGAGAAGAGGGAGGCGAGUGCGUGGGAGGAGAGGAAGCUGGUGCUGGCCCAGAGGAGGCUGGAUUCCAUCAGACUCAUCACCAUUCUCUUAAAGAGUGCUAAAGAAACGAAGGUCCAGAGGAGCCAUCUUCCCGAGAGAGACAUGGUGAAGUGCAUCCAGAAAAGGGUUUGGUGUGAGGAUGCGGGGGUUGGCGAACUGAAGAAAGAGGACGGAGAUACAACUCGGAGAAAGUGCCCACAAAGGGUGAAGUCAGGUGCAUGGCGACAGGUUAAGGGAGCAGAUGAGAACUUUGUUGGGAAGGUGCACAGGGCAAAGUCUUCCCAAUACACCAGCUUCCCACACACCUCCUCACUACCUCCAGCUGGGUUGAAGCAAGAGCGUUGUUUGUCCAGUCUGAAACCAGCCAAGGUAGACAUCUCCACACCUUGUGAACCCGAGUUGUUGCAAAUCACCGUGAAGCAAAACUGCAGCACACACCCACGUCACUUGGGCGCAAGGAGCUAUGAUAACUGUUUGUGCAAUGGAUUUUCACGGAAAGUCACAUCGGUAGACCACCUGAGCCGCCAUCGCCUGCACGAGUGCGAGGAGUUUCUUGCUAGUUUGCACAAUUACCAUCAGCUCGUUUACCCUUUGGAUUCCAACCAUGCAAAUCUCCUCCAUGGUGCCACCAAUCCUGGAGAUGGCCCAGGCUGGUGUAGGUCAGUGUCGGACAGUGGGAAAGGCCUUCGUGUAGACCUGCGGAACGAGUCGAGCCCUCUCUGCAGCAAGAGCAGUGGUGCAAGGCGCAACACGUGGGCGGAUUAUGACGGUGGCUGCAACUACACGUGGACAAUCGCUGCUAGCGAGUCUGGAGAGCCACGGCGAGACUUCAGCAGUCGCGGCAAGCAUCAGGUGAGAGGGUGCGACAGAAAGUUCCAGGUAAAGUGGAAGGAUUCUGGAUGCCGAGUGGAUUUGGAGGAGGAUUUUGCCAGUGGCUACCGACUGCUCUUGAAAGACACAGGUGGUGGUGCUAUAUCGGGCUGCACAUUCAAGAACCAAGAUGGCAGGUUGACCCGUCAUCUUGAGAAUCCAAGAGUAGAAAUUAAGGACCUGAGGAUAUCGUCCAAGGAAUCAUGGAGGAAUCCCAUUACCAACUGGAAGAUUUCAAUUCAAAACUCUCAGGAUGAUGUGGUUCGCCCAAGGCUACAGGAGAGUGAUCAGUGCAGGAAUGCAAGUAACUGCAACAGCAGCUGGUUGAACUCCCAGUACAAGGCUCCACUUGGUUGUACCAGCCAGGAAACAGUGAACGCCCGGAGUGGGUCGAAUAGAAAAAUAAAACGCACGCACAAAGGCAAAGUUCAUGAGUACAGUGCUGACGCCGAUUGGUCUCACUGCAAGCCGGGAAUUUACCAAGAUGUCUCAAAACGAAAAUCUAAUAAAAAGUCUGAAACGUACAAUGACGUUAAGCCGUCUCCAGCUGGGUGUGGGAGUGACCUCAAAUAUUCCUGGAAAGGAAAUAAAAGAGAGAUCAAAGAAGAAUCAGACAGUUCCAUCAAGCCUUGUCGCGGGCACCAGAGGAAAGAUUUAUGGAAUGGGGAAGAUAUGGGAGAGAUUCCUCGCAAGGAGUUGUUCUUGGCCGACCAACUGUGUGACGCCUUCAGCCUUGAAGUAAAGCACAAAAAGCAAAGAAAGAACUCAAGGACCAAAGUCAUCCCCAAAGCCAACAGCAAUAAACAUACACAAAAUCGUCUGGAUUCUAACAGGAUCCAACAGCAGGCUCAUUGGAAGCACAUGUGGGAUGAAUGUGUAGAUAACCAUAGCAGUUCUGAGAGAGCCUGCUUUCCCUGGGGGUUAUUGGCCUCAUGAGAGUGAUUUUGAGCUUAAAUUGGGGGCAAAUGGAACCCAGACAUAUUUUCACAAGCAUUUUACUGGUGACCACAGCCUUAUUGAUGAUAAUGUGUGUGAACAAAAGAUGUACAAGUAGAAAGCUGGUGUGAACACAUUUCACUGCAAGCGAGCAAAAAAGUGGAUCACAUUGAAUCAAACGAUUUUGGAGCUCUGAGUGGAAUGAUCAUCGCUCAGUGUUAUAUCCUCCACACUUUAGCAAUAUGACUUUUACCUAAAUACCUAACUUUAUAAAAAUCUCCACCUGAUCAAAAAAUGCAGUUGGGGUUUUUUUCCGAACCAAAAUAUUUGAAUUAACUGAUUUGAACAAACUAAACGUAUCUGAAGUAUGAAUAUUGGUAGAAUAAAUGCAAAAGUAUCACCUGUCCAGCUGAUGAACUUUUCUGGUGAACUGAUCUAAGAGUACAAAGCUAUCUUUUAAAAAAGAGUCGACACACACGUGCAAGAAUGCUUAAUAGAGAUUAUUGCAAUGGAAGCGAAAAGAAAAUAUUUCACAAGUGUUCCCGUAAAAUUAAAUGGUAAACUGCCUCCUCCCUUGUCACUUUCCCAAAUGGGUAUCACUGGAGAAAUCCAGACCUGGCCACCGUUUCAUUGAUGUUGGUGCAAAUGUUGCACGCCAUGUUUCACUGAAUUACCUCAGUGACAUUUCAAAGCUAAUUCACUGACCAACGUAUUUUAUGGCAAUGUGAAGAAGUGCAAAGUGCUACUCAAAUGCGACCUUGUUCCUUCUGCAACAAUGUCAGAGAUGCAGCAAGCUGAAAGAGAAAUCAGAGCCUAAAUCACCAUUAUUUUCCUGCCUCCCACAUAAACCUCAAUGAACAUGGUGUAAUGACCUAUCUUUAAUUGCAGCCACGACCACUACUGUUCCCCCAGUCUUUGCUUUCUUCUUUAUUUUAGCUCAUCUCAUUUUUUUCCAGUCAUCUAGCUCAGUUCUAACUGUUGAUUAAAAUUAUACAUUUUUGUUAAUCUAUUUUGACAAUCUAAUUUGUGAGAGAAGUCACCUUCAGCGAUAUCAAACAUGUGUUCCAAAUAAUGUUCAGUCUUCGAUGGUUAAUCUGCACUGUUUGAAUCUUUGUAUUUAAAAUUUAGUUUUAGAUUGUCAAAUAAAUGUAAUUGUUUCUGU